AUGUCUGCCCCUAUCUACCUCGGUAUCAUCGGCGUCGGCGGCGUCGGUACCGCCUUCCUCAACCAACUCUCUCGCCUCCCCAAUGCCCCCAAGCUAAUCCUCCUCGCGCGGUCCACCCAAACCCUCCUCUCCCCAACUCCCACCUACACUCCCAGCAUCCCCGCCGCAGAAUGGAAGACCGCCAGCGCGACCCCCUCCCUUACCAAAUCCGGCGCCCUCUCUGCCGAAGAAAUCGCCAACUAUCUCUCCUCCGCCCCGGGUCGCUCCAUCCUCGUCGACAACACCAGUGACCCCUCCCUCGCCGCCUCCUACCCGGUCUUUCUCCGCGCCGGCAUCUCCAUCGUCACCCCCAACAAGAAGGGUUUCUCGUCCGACCUCUCCCUCUGGAAGGACAUCUUCGCCUCCGCCGCCCAGGGUAACGCCCUCGUCUACCACGAGAGUACCGUUGGCGCCGGUCUCCCCGUCAUCUCCACGCUCCGGGAUCUGGUUGCCACCGGUGACGAGGUCACCCGCAUUGAGGGUGUGUUCUCGGGUACCCUGUCGUUCCUGUUCAACACCUUUGCGCCAGUUGGUGGUGCCGGGGCCGGUAGGAAGUGGAGCGAGGUUGUGGCCGAGGCAAAGGAGCUGGGAUACACCGAGCCCGACCCGAGAGAUGAUCUGAACGGAAUGGAUGUUGCUCGGAAGUUGACCAUUCUGGCGCGUAUUGCUGGUCUGGAGGUGCAGGCGCCCGAUGCGUUCCCCGUUGAGUCGUUGAUUCCCAAGGAGUUGCAGAGCUUGGAUUCGUCCUCGGAGGGCGCCAAGACGUUCAUGGAGCGGUUGGGUGAGUUUGAUGCCCAGAUGACGGAGAUUAAGGAGGGUGCGGAGAAGGAGGGUAAGGUUGUGCGGUAUGUGGGUAGUGUGGACGUUGGCAAGAAGGAGGUCCGCGUUGGACUGCAGAAGUUCGACAAGGACAGUGCCAUUGCUGGAUUGAAGGGCAGUGAUAACAUCAUCAGCUUCUACACUAAGCGCUACGGAAGCAACCCGCUUAUUGUGCAGGGUGCUGGUGCCGGUGGUGACGUGACUGCUAUGGGUGUCACGGCGGAUCUGAUCAAGGUUAUCCAGAGACUGCAGUAG